AUGGCGGCAGUGGCGGCAGCGGCCAGUGUUGUCUCUGUCUCGUUGCUCUCAGAGGCCGAAUUCGGCUGCGAGCAUCUGGCCACUCAGCUAGGACAAGAUGCCAACACCGCAGACCAGUUCAAGAGCUCUUUUAUUAAGGCGCAUAACUCCUUGGCGGUCUUUCCGAAACCUAUGGACGGACUUAUCAAGCAGAACGCCCGUUUGAAGACAACCGGGUUCUUGAAACCUAAGUAUACCUGCUUGACGUGUUCGGAGAGCUUCCUGAUGGGCGACCGUGGAGCCCACACUGAUAAGACGGGCCAUUCCUUCUUCAUGGAUUCUCGCGCUCGUAACCUGUUCUGUCAGGGGUGCGGCGACUUUGUCUUCGACCAUGGCCUGGAACGGCUCCGAUGUUCUGCAGCAGAAAGUGCCUUACAAGUCGCCAAGAAACGUCGGUUCAGCGACAGUUCAGCGGAUGAGUUAUACGUUCGGAGCAAUGCUACCAAACGUCCCUGUGCAAAACAGGGCGUCAGGGGUUUGUUCAACCUGGGCCAAACUUGCUAUCUUAACGUCAUCCUUCAGACUCUCCUUCAUGAUCCAAUCCUCAGCACAUAUUUCCUCGGCAACGGACAUCAGCCCCACGACUGUACUGUUCCCGACUGCAUAGGUUGCGCAGUUGCUGAAGCGUUUGCCGACUUCAACAGCAGCGACAAGGCCGAAGGGUUUACUGCUUUGAGUCUGCUCUUGGCAACCUGGCGCUCAAGUUCCACACUGUCCGGUUAUCAGCAACAGGAUGCUCAUGAGUACUAUCAAUUCCUCGUGGAUAAACUACAUGCAAGCACCGAGGGUCAUCACGAGAACCACCAGAAGGGUUGUCCUUGUUUCUUCCACAAGACAUUCUAUGGCAAGCUGCGUAGUAGUGUGACAUGCGACAGGUGUGGGAAUGUCACCAAAACGGAGGAUCCGAUGGUGGAUCUCAGUCUCGACGUCCAAGUGAAGAAACGCGCCAUGGGCGGCGGAGUCGGUUCGUCCACACCAACGCUGAAUGGGUGCCUCGAGAGUUUCACCUCCCCCGAGAAGCUCAUGGCGGGAGUGUACAACUGCAGCCAGUGCAACGGGAGCUCCCAGAAGGCAACCAAACAAUUGCGCAUUAAGAAAUUGCCGGCCAUCCUAUGCAUGCAGCUCAAGCGCUUCGAACACAGCUCCUCUGUUUCCGAAAAACUCGAAGGCCGAAUCGAAUUCCCUCUAUCGAUCAACAUGCUCCCCUACACAACGAACCCAUACUCAAAGGUCGACAAAGCACGCUUCAUGUACGAUCUCUCAUCUGCCGUCGUGCACAAGGGCAAGCUGGACUCAGGCCACUACUACGUCUACUGCCGCCAAGGCGACGAGUGGAUGCUUUUCAACGACGACCAAGUAACGCCAGUCACCGAAGCCGAUGUCCUCAACGCAGACGCCUACCUCCUAUUUUACAACCUCCGCUCAUUAGCUUCUGCCCCGCAGUAA